AUGCGCGACCGCGAUAAUCCAUACGCUCCGAACGCAUUCGAAAUCUUUCCCCAAAAUGAGAUGGAUGCGUGGACUGCCAACAUCCUCCGCAAGACACAGGGCAUCUUAAGGGGUGUCGACCCAUGGGCAGCGCCACCGCGUCCCCCAUCUCCACUGCGCGCGCACACCCCGCCACUCCCUGUCACACCAUACUCUGACUCCCCAGCAGGGGAUGAGGGGUUUGAUAAGCGUCGCCAGUAUGAGCAGGGCAGCGGAUACGAAGACAACGAGCAGAGCGAUAGCGAGCUCGACGAGCUCCAUGACCUCCCACCCCAGCACGAAGUAGAGCUCAGCGAGCGUGACGGGCGCGACGGCUCGGACGCCGAGUAUAGCGAGUACAGCGAGUACAGUGGCGAACGGGAAGAACCUGUCGAUCAGCGCUCGAGCAGCGACAGCGUUGUCGUGAUUGGUGACUCUGACGAUGAACCAAUGGAGGAAUACAGUGGGGGUGAAUACAACAAGGAGGGAUACGAGCAGGACGGCGAAUACGAGGUUGGCGACGGCUGCGAGCACGAGCCCCACUACGCGUACCCCCAGCACGUACCUCCAACCGCGGAGGAAUACGGACAGUACGAAGAGUACGAAGAGGAGGAGGAAGAAACAGAAGAGGAGGAAGAAGAGGAAGAGGAGGAGAUUGAAGAGGAAGAAGAGGAGAUCGAGGAAUAUUAUGCUCCCCAAUCCAUCUCACAACAACAACGCACCCCUCCUGAGCCGUCACCUUACUAUACCUACGCAGAAGGUGUGGAAGGAUCGCCUAGCGCUCCGAUCGAGUUGUCCUCAGACUCCGAAGGCGAUGAGCCUCGGGAAGGGUACCACAAUCCGAUGGACGAGGACGACGACGAGGAAGACGAGGAAGACGAGGAAGACGAGGAAGACGAGGAAGACGAGGAAGACGAGGAAGACGAGGAAGACGAGGAAGAGGAAGUGGAGCUGGAGGACGAACACCCUCGCAACGACCGGUUGGACGACGGCAUGGAAGUUGAUUACGAGAGCGAUGACGAGGUCGAAUACGUCGGCGUCGGCGUCGGCGGUGAGGUGGAAGAACAGCCCGUAGUGGGUCCCUCCGACAACUACAGCGCGGACCCCGGCGCACAGGUGUAUCAGGUCAUGGAGUCUGAGGAAGAGGAAGAGGAAGAGGAAGAGGAAGAGGAGGAGCGCUCACCUACCCCUCCCCCGAUCUGGCAGAGUGGACUGGGCCCGGGCGCCGCGUUCGGCUUCAUGGAGCCUCCCACCGGCUUCGGCAUUGCGACCGAAGGGGUGCCUGAUAAUGUCAUUGAGGCCGUUCUCAGCCAGCUCCCACCGGAGAUGUUUCCUCCAGCAAACUACACCGUUCCGCAAAUCGAUCCUGCUUUGGGCUCUCCGCUCGAUGCGCCCGCGCACUUCCUUGCCGAAUCCACGCAACAGGUCGCUGUCGAAGCCGAGACCUUCCCAAUCGACCCGGCGCUAGUCGACAUGGCCGUGGCUUCCGAGUUCAUGCCAGAGAGCUCUACAUCCGAGUUCAUGCACAAAACCGCGACCUUCAUUAGCGACGAGUACGGCCACUCAUACGUUGCGGAGCACAGCCACUACGACGCGCAAGGCUACACUCACGACUCGCUCGAGUUCACGGAGGUCUUCGACACGGGAUCGUACGUCGUGCAGGAGGCAGACGUUAUCGAGACCCCAGGCUGGCCGUACGCAAUGCUGCGUGGCGAGUCGAGCACGUCGCAUGCGGGACGCGAGGCAAGCGUCCCGGUGCACGGGACGAAUGUCGACGUCGCAAUUGACCUUACUGCAGGUUCGGAAGCCGGUUCGCCUGCGCGCGAGCUCACUGAGCCUCACGAUAAUUCGAGCGAGGAUAAUGCUGGUGACGCGGACGAGAAGACGAAGAUCCCCGAAGAGCGGGAGGACCGCAUGGACGGUCGUGACGGUGAGGAGCCCGAUGACGUCGAGAUGGUGGAGGAGCGCGACGAGACAUUCCCACCCACGCCGGAACUCAUUGUGUUUACAGGCGACGAUGACACACCCCGAGCGGAAGCGAGCGAGGCCGAGGUGGAGGAGCCUGUUCCCGACGAUGCUGCCCAGUCGGAGUCGGAUGAGCCCAAAUCCGCCGAGGAACAGCCACUCGACGUGUCAUCGCCUGCCUCACACGUUCCCGAGACCGCUACGCCCGGGACGGAGGGCGCAGCCUCCCUCCUCACCCCACCGGCCGAACCAGCGCCUGAAUCUGUUGCUCUGGAGAUGUCUGAAGAGUUUCCGAAUGGGACAGCGGAGCGCGAACGGCCCGCCGACGACGAUGUGCCACAAGCUCCGCCGGAUAAUGGAGCUGUACACCUCGACAGCAUUGAGAUGGACGACGGGACAGCGAAAGAAGCCGCGAUUGAGCCAGAGACUACACCUAUCGAGCUCGAUGAGGCUGGCCCCGAAGAGACCCUGCCUGCGGAUCCGAGGGAAACCGAGAUUGUCGAAGCUGAGUCUGCAGGGCCUGACGCUAAAGCUGUUGUCGAGCACAGCGCCACAUCUCCUAGCCCCAGCGAGCCGGAGGAGGGAGAUCGCCUUCUCGAAUUCGCGACAGAACCCGAGCUGGAAGUCUCCGAGCCUCAAGACGAGGACGCCGAUGAAGUGGCGACCGAUGAGGACGCGCAGGAGAAAAGCGCUGAGGAAGAAAGUACAAAUGAGGACGACGACGAGCUCUAUGAUGAUGAAGAGGACGAGGGAGAGGAAGUCGUCGAGCUCGACGAUGAGGCCAUGGAGGUUGACCAGGAGGAUGAGGCGAUCAUCGUUGAUGAGGGAGACGAACUCAACCCCGCAAACGAAGAAAUGGACGAGUUGGCCGCUGCCAACGAGGAGCCAGCAGUCGAACAACCUAUCGUUGGAGCGGCGCUUCCUGUCAUGACCGAACCCAUCGUCCACCAGCCCGAGGAAGACGUGGAAGCCGAUAUUGCUUCCGGAAGCUCGUCGCCAACUAUCCCAACCCCCGACUCUGGGUCGGACGAACUGGAGGGCACCAGCUCCGGCUCUGGCACACCAGACGAACAGGACGAACAGGAGACGCCCACAACCGAGAAAGUCUCCCCGGAUAUCAUGAUGGUCGGUGACGAGAGCACUGAGCUCCAGACCAUUCCAGAGGUCGACGCCGAAGGUGGAGCGGGGAUCGACGACGAGGCAGAUGACGGACCCGAAAUAGACGGCGCGAGCAGCCAGCCGACUGCCGAGCACAACGACACCGAUGAUGAGGAUACUGGAGAGGCAACCGACACAGCGGUCACCAAGCUGCGGCUUGAGGCGCAGGGUAAUGACGGUCGCGACUACUGGGUUGUCGUCGUCGUGCCGCACUGUGUGGAUCACGGACUGAUCAGGUCGGAGCAAGGCGUUCUCCUUGGUGACGCAUCGGACGACGACUUGGAUCGCGCAAACUCCGACGACAUUCCCCGUCUCAAGCCAGAGCUAGGCUUCAAGCUAAAUCGCGCCAUCGGCUUUGAGUUAAUGAGCGAUAAAAAUUGCCGCGGGGUACUCGAAGCAGGUGACGGUGCCCUCGAAGGUGUGCGUCUCAAUCGCCAUUCAGUACAAGUCGGUAGAGGCCGAACGCCAGGCCUGGGCACCCCCGGGCCUGCGACAGAGCACCUCACCCCAACAACGAGGCUUCGUCGCGUUAGUCGCGGCCGCAGUUCUUCUAUCCCGAAGAGCACGACCGCCACGCCCUCGAGCCAAGGCGUCACGCCGUCGCCCGUCAAAGUCACGACGGAGCUCGCCAACGGUCGGGCGAGGAGGGUCACCCGCGCCAGCCUCGCCGCGGAGGAGGCCGAGAAUAGCGCGUCGACGCCUAUUCCCAACUCGCUCGGCCUCGAGACGGCGCCGGUUGCAGCGGGGACCAGGUCGCGCAAGCGCACUCUGGGACAGGAUGACGCCCCGACGCGCGCGUCAGAGCGCCUCGCCAACCAGGCCGAGGGUAACAGCGCGGACAAGGGCAACCUCACAGACAAGGGCAAAGGGCGCGCGGCCGAAUCGGCGUCACCAACCGCCAUGCGGGCGCGGAAGCGCAAGGUCGAGGAGGACGACAAGCCCGACGCCUCACACGAUUCAAAGCGCCACAUGCGCAGCCAGACAGCUGAAGACGCUGAGCCUGCUCCCGCCACCAAGCGUCGUGGUGGCGGCUUCAUAAGCCGCUUAACCGGCGGUAUGUUCGGCGGCAAGCGGUGA